GAAGUUCUUGGAUGAGGACACUGCAGUUUAUAGGCUCUAUUAGUACCAUACACAUAGUAAUUCUAUGGCUCUUCGAUGGUUUCUCCUCCUUAGACUCAUUGGCAGUAUUCUAUUUCUUGUUGAUGUUACUCACUCAGCUGCUCGGGAUGCCCGAAAGGCUUAUAUUGUGUAUAUGGGCGACAAGCCAAAGAACGGGAUGCCAGUAACACCUGAUCUUCAUGUAAAUAUUCUACGAGACAUAGUUGAUAGCAGCAUUAAUAAGGAUAUUGCACAUGAAGCUCUGCUUCUUCAUAGCUACAAGAGAAGUUUCCAUGGAUUUGCUGCAAUGCUCACAGAACAAGAAGCACAAAAACUGGCUGGAAUGGAUGGUGUAGUGUCUGUCUUUCCAAGUACAAAGGUGAGCGUCAAAACAACAACGUCAUGGAAUUUCGUUGGGUUUCCAGAAUCAAUUGGGAGCGGCCCCUUUGAAAGUGAUAUCAUUAUCGGUGUGCUCGACAGUGGAAUUUGGCCGGAGUUGGACAGCUUUAAUGAUGUUGGUUUUGGUCCUCCACCUAAGAAAUGGAAAGGCAUAUGUCAAGGCAAUAACAACUUCACUUGUAACAAUAAAAUCAUCGGAGCACGGUAUUACAAAGAUAGUGCCUUCGAAGAAGAAGAUAUUCAGUCUCCAAGAGACUCAUCCGGUCAUGGAACCCACUGCGCGUCAAUAGCAGCUGGGAAUGCAGUGAGCAACGCAAGCAUAAAUGGUUUAGGGUUGGGAACAGCAAGAGGAGCGGUGCCAUCAGCACGUAUUGCGGUGUACAAAAUAUGUUGGGACAAAGGUUGUGGUGUUGCUGAGUUUCUAGCGGCAAUCGAUGAUGCCAUUGCUGACGGUGUCGACAUUAUCAGUGCUUCCACCGGAGGCGCUGCGCCAGCUGACUUUUUGAAUGACGGAUUUGCAAUUGGGGCAUUUCACGCUACCGUAAAUGGGAUAUUGGUUUCUAUGGCCGCUGGUAAUGAAGGUCCGCAAAAAAAAACUGUGGAAAACAUUGCACCAUGGCAACUUUCUGUGGCUGCUACCACCACAAACCGCCAGUUCAUCACCAAGGUUAAAUUGGGUAAUGGUAAAAUCUAUCAGGGACUUUCCGUACAUAUACAUGACCUCCAAGGUAAAUUUUACCCGUUGAUUUACGGUGGAGACGCACCCAGUAAAGAAGAUGGUAAAGGAGAUGAUUCUAGGUUUUGUGUUGGAGAUAGCUUAGAUGCAGAUAAGAUCAAAGGUAAAAUUGUGCUUUGUGAUCGCCCCGAUAAGGAUGGGAAGGGGGCUGGGGAUGGUGCCAAAUGGUGGAAUGCUUCAAUGGGAGUUAUUCUGACGGGCAAACAAGUUGUCGAGGAAACCGAAUAUGCUGAUAACCCUUGUGCAGCAUCUUACGUCAAUUUAGAAGAUAAUAGCAACAUUUACAAAUACAUAAACAAAACAAGGGACCCAACUGCAACUAUUUUGAAAAGUGAGGAGAUCAAUGAUGUAUUGUCUCCAUACGUGCCCUCCUACUCAUCAAGGGGUCCAAACGCGUUGAAUCCCAACAUACUGAAGCCGGAUUUAGCGGCUCCGGGAACUUACAUUCUAGCAGCAUAUCCCCCAAAUGUUAAUAAUGGAGCUAAAUACAAAUUGGCAACCGGCACAUCAAUGGCAUGCCCCCAUGCUUCGUCUGUAGCUGCGUACGUCAAAUCAUUUCACCCUAAAUGGUCACCGGCUGCUGUCCAGUCAGCUCUCAUCACUACUGCUACGCCUAUGAGUGACAAAACUACCCCGCACGCUGAAAUUGCAUAUGGAGCUGGCCUAAUAAACCCUUCCAGAGCUCCAUAUCCUGGUUUGGUUUACGAUCUUGAUGUACAAGACUAUGUAGAUUUUUUGUGUUCACAAGGAUAUAGUGACAAACUAUUAGAACAAAUAACCAGGGACAAGACUACCUCAUGCUCAUCAAAAUUUGAUAAUGAAAUAGUCAAUGACCUGAAUUAUCCUUCUUUUGCUCUUCCUAUCAAGGAUCCGAAAUUUGUCAAUGGGGUUUUCCAUAGGACUGUCACUAAUGUCGGAUCAUCAAAUUCUAUAUACAGAGCUAAAGUGGUGGCUCCAUCGGGACUCAAAAUCAAUGUGGAUCCAAGUGUGUUGUCGUUCACAUCUCUUGAGCAAAAGAAAUCUUUUGUAGUCACUGUAAAAGGGCCGAUUGAGAAAACAAGUAUGGUCUCUGCGUCUUUGGUUUGGGACGAUGGUGCUUUCCAAGUCAGGAGCCCCAUUGUUGUCUAUAUUCAACUAUAGUCUUUGCAUCUUUUAGUUAUAUUUUGGUUACUCUUUAAAAUUAGAUGCAGUUGCGCAUUUUAUUUUGCUU